AUGCAAUCGCCCAAGCAUGCCGCCUCGAGCGCGGCACCCUCGAUCGAUCCAUCCAACCUGGAUCUGGAAAAGCAAAACUCGUCGAGCAACGGCGAUGCUGCUACCGCAGUAGGACACGCCGACACUUCGAUCUCAGAAAAGGAAGACGCCAUCGCACCCGCCAAAGGCGCGUCGGUUGGCUUCCAUCCAUCCACCGCUCCAACCUACAUCCCCGCCGAUGGAUCCAGUCCCGCAGCAACACGUCCCACGCGCACCUUCUCCCGGCGCGAUCGCAGCGAGGCCAACGACAACACACAUCCGUUCGGCGGUGACCUGGAACGCGCAGAAACCGAAAACCAUCUCGAGCGAUUUCAGUCGCAGGCUGGCAAGGACGUCGUUAUUGUACAUUGGGAGGGCGAAAAUGACUCGGAAAAUCCUUUCACCUGGUCGAGGGCAUACCGUUGGUACCUCACCAUGCUCGCAGGUCUGCUGGUGCUCAACUCGACGUUUACCUCAUCCGCGCCUUCUGGCGUGAUCCCAGAGCUGGAAGUUGAAUUUGGUUUUGGUCGCGAAGUCGCCACGUUGAGUCUCUCGAUCUUUGUCGCUGGUUACUGCCUUGGUCCUCUUCUCUGGGGUCCUCUGUCCGAGCAGUUUGGACGAAAACCCGUGUUUAUCCUCGCCAUGAUCAUCUACACGUGCUUCAACAUCGGUUGCGCGCUCUCCAAGAACACUGCAUCCAUCCUCGUCUUCCGUUUUCUUUCAGGCACGUUUGCCGCCUCGCCUCUGACCAACUCGGGUGGUGUGAUUGCCGAUCUGUGGGAUGCCAAGACGCGUGGUAUCGCGCUCUCGCUUUUCUCGCUUGCCCCAUUCGCCGGUCCAGCGCUGGGUCCCAUUGUCUCGGGCUUCAUCUCGGUUGGUGGCGCUUCAUGGAGGUGGCUUUUCUGGGUCUGCACCAUCUUUUCCGGUGUCUGUCUCGCCCUGGUUGUCUUGACACUUCCCGAGACGUAUGCGCCCAUCAUCCUACUCAAAAAGGCGCGCAGGAUUCGCAAAGAGACGGGCGACGACCGAUACAAGGCUCCGAUCGAGUUGGUCAAGGUGGAAUGGAAGGACCGCAUCAACAAGACGAUCCUCAAGCCUUUCAUCAUGCUCGGUCAGGAACCCAUGCUGCUCGUCAUGACCAUCUACCUUUCCUUUGUGUAUGGCGUCGUAUACCUCUUGUUUGAGGCUUUCCCGAUCGUCUUCACGCUUGGGCAUGGCUUCAACGCCGGAAUCAGUGGCGUCAUGUUUGUGCCCUUCUUCCUCGGAGGUUGUGCCGCCGUGGCACUUUACGUCAUCUACUUUAAUCCCAAGUACGCCAAACAGGCGGAUGCACUCAAGGAGCAGGGCAUCAACCGGGUGCCUCCCGAGGAGCGUCUGUACCCGAUCAUGCUCGCUGGUCCUUGCUUGACGAUUGCAUUCUUCUGGUUUGGUUGGACCUCGUACGCGUCGAUCAGCUUCUGGUCACCCAUGAUGGCCGGUAGCUUGAUCGGCUUUGGUGUGCUGUUCUGCUUCUUGGGCGUGUUCAACUACUUGAUCGAUGUAUACCUGGCCAAUGCGGCUUCGGCGCUGGCUGCCAAUACCGUGUGCCGUUCGUUGGCCGGCUUUGGAUUCCCGCUGUUUGCAACACAGAUGUUCACUGUGCUCACUCCGCGAUGGGCGUCAACUCUGCUCGGUUUCAUCUCGCUCAUUAUGGUGCCGAUUCCGUUCUUGCUUUACAAGUACGGCUCCAAGAUUCGCGCCAUGUCGAAACACGCCAUGUAA